AUGAGCAACGACGACGCUUCACUCAGAGAACAACAUUUGGAUUGGAGUUCCAAACAAGGUCGGAUUCUUACCGCGAACGGAACCGCCUCGUCGCUCUAUACGUCGGAACGAGGUUUUUCUUUCCGAUCUGACGAAUUGCCCCACCAUUUCUUGCAACUGGGAACCAUUCACGACGUCCAUCCCCGCCUACCAAACACACAAGUCCUCUUGCCCAUUGUCGGCGCCUGGAAGCGGACUUUCUUCUACGGAGGGUGGGAGUAUACCUGCGAAGCGGACGAAAUCACCUUUAAUCUACAAACGCACUCGCUCUUUAUCGAUUUGCGAGUUCCACGCAGUCGCAACGAACUCUUGCGCAAUCGCGUCACGGCAUCCGUGCCGCCAACGUCGCUGGACGAUUUGGACGCAACCCAACUACGCUAUUACGCCAGGCAACACUGCUUCGCGGGAUACACGCACGGAAGUUUCACGGAUGAUGCCGCCUCCAGAACGGGAAUGGACUGUUGCUGUACCCGACACCACUGUAUCGACUGGAACUACGUGGGAACCGGACGAGAUCGACCCAACAAAUGGUGGGUACAACUGCACGAAAAUCAAUCAGGCAACACCUGGAAAGAAUGGGCCUACGCAACAAACGACUGUGCACAGCAUUACUAUUGUGAGCAAUGGGAACGGCUCCCGCAGGAUGAUCCGCCCUCAAACGUACCCGUGGUUGCCUUUCGCAAGCGCCGAAACCAGAAUAGUCCGGAACGCGACGGGGUAUUGGUUAUUGUAGGUGAUCACUUUAAUUACUGCGUGGAUCGACAAUCGAUGGCUGGUUUUGAAAAGUACGCGGCUUGUACCUCUUUGGUGGCCACGGUGGAUGCCGCCAUCAAGGCAGACGAUUUGGUAUCGGCCCGCGCUUGGUUGAGUUUGCGAGGUGGCCACGGACGAAUUUCCGAAGGGUGGAUCGUUGAUAACGCCAUUGAGUUUUGGACGGAAGGUAAAGCUCUGUGGGAAAAGGAAGACCUUUCAACGACCGGGAAUGCACUGGAGGAUUUUUGUCUCGUUUGGAACGGAGAACCCUGGGAUCUGUACGAGUCGAACGUCCAAAAUACGCACGACCUAAAAGUUCUCUUGCACACCGGUCUCCGCAAGCGAACAACCUUAAAAUCCGGGUCUGGCGCGCCAAAAAAACCCGACUUGACAGUGACUGUUACGAAUCACGAAAGGAUGAACACCCGUGGACGUUUCUGUCCCACCAACUUUCCCUCCAUCCCAAUCAUUGGAUUGUUGCACCAAGCAAUCCGCACUGGUAUCGAGUCACUUCGCGUCUUGACCUCCCCUUCUUUACUAAACUAUCACUUUGCCAUGAACCACUCGCGAACGAUACAGGCCAAAUUUAGUGCUUUGUCCGUGGAGGCCGAUACGUUCCGUCGAGAAGCGGACAAGGCGACCCAGGAACGCCUCCGUGUCGAGCAGGAGCUUCAAGCGCUGCACGCCAAGCAAAAAGAGAUUACGCACCAAAUACGGGUUGGACAAGACGCACUAGGCUCGUUCGAUCGCGAGAAAGCUGCUUUACUCAACGAAAAGAAGCGCCUGGACGCUCAGCUUCAGCAGGAACGCACUCUCUUGGAACAAUGCUGUGCCGAGAGUGACGCUCUCGUAUCGGAGGAAGUCCAAGCCAAGCAAGAAUUUGUCAAGGAAUUGUCUCAAGCUAACAAAGAUCUUUCCGAUCUUUUGCUUGGUCAAGAAGACCGACGCCUCCGCAGUCUUCUGUCGGUCCAAACGGUUCCUGCCUUGCUGGCUACUAUCCAGGAAGUGUCUUCUCCCGAUUCGAGCGAUUCCUCCAGCGGUUCAGAGCUCGAAGCCGCAAUUGCAAGCUUGAAAGAAGAAACCGAAGCAUACAAUCGUAACCUGGAGCAUCAAAAACAUCUCGAAGAGCAGAUUGCGACUUUUCGACAGCGUUUCCUUUCCAUAUCAGCUUCUGGCAAGAAUCAGGUAAUGUGCCGACGUAGGAUUCAUAGUCGAGCGUCGAAAUUGGUCUCACCGCCUUCAUUUUAUUCUUCGGAACCACAGAGUAUUGCGGAAGAGCAAUUGAACGAGUUGGAAAGUGUAUGGUCCCAAAACCGGGAGGACGAGGAAGACAGUGAUCCCAACUCCAGGUUGACCAAUGUCGCAGACGUCUCCCCAGUACACCUGCAACUCUUUUACGGGACCGAAAAGCACGAAGAAAACAUGGAUGUAGAAGGAAGCGGCGAUGUUGAUGCCAUGACACUCUAA